GGCCAGCAGCGGCUGCAGGAAGCGCUCCCUCAGCGGUGUCACUAGUGGCUCAUCUAAGCCCAGCUCGUGAAGCAGCACCUGGCCAGGGAAUCCCAGGUCACAGGGAAGCCAGUGGGGGACCCCCUUCCUCAGGACAGAAAAGAAACAGAGCAGAGCACUGCUGGGGAGGGCAUCAAACCCACGGCCUCCUUUGCCGCUGAGCCACCUUCCCGGUCCCAGGCUAAGGUGUGACCUUGCUCAGUGGACCAUGGCAUCCGUCACCUCCGUGAGUUAGAACUUGUCCCUCGGUGCCCUCCUGCCCACCACCCGCCAGCAGGAUGCGGCUGUGGAAGGCGGUGGUGGUGACCCUGGCCUUCAUGAGUGUGGACAUUGGUGUUACCACAGCCAUCUACGUCCUCAGCCACCUGGACCGCAGUCUGCUGGAGGACAUCCGCCACUUCAACAUCUUCGACUCGGUGCUGGACCUCUGGGCCGCCUGCCUGUACCGCAGCUGCUUGCUGCUGGGAGCCACCAUCGGCGUGGCCAAGAACAGCACCCUGGGCCCCCGGCGGCUGCGGGCCUCGUGGACGGUCAUCGCCCUGGUCUGCCUCUUUGUGGGCAUCUACACCAUGGUGAAGCUACUGCUCUUCUCUGAGGUGCGCAAGCCAGUCCGGGACCCCUGGUUCUGGGCUCUCUUCGUGUGGACGUAUAUCUCACUGGCCGCCUCCUUUGUGCUCUGGUGGCUGCUGUCCAUGGUGCGGCCAGGUGCCAAGGCCGUGGAGCGGGGUGCUGGUGCUGAGGCCGAGGCUGAGGGCUUCCCUGCGGAUGGCCAGCCAGCGCCUGAGCAGGCAUCUGGGGCCACACUGAAGAAGCUGCUGUCCUACACCAAGCCCGACGUGGCCUUCCUUGUGGCUGCCUCCUUCUUCCUCAUCGUGGCAGCUCUGGGAGAGACCUUCCUCCCCUACUACACAGGUCGGGCCAUUGACGGCAUUGUCAUCCAGAAGAGCAUGGAGCAGUUCAGCACGGCUGUUGUCAUCAUGUGUCUGCUGGCCAUUGGCAGCUCAUUUGCCGCAGGUAUUCGGGGCGGCAUUUUUACCCUCAUAUUUGCCAGACUGAACAUCCGCCUUCGAAACCUUCUCUUCCGCUCACUGGUGUCUCAGGAGAUGAGCUUCUUUGAUGAGAAUCGGACAGGGGACCUCAUCUCCCGCCUCACUUCGGACACCACGAUGGUCAGUGACCUGGUCUCCCAGAACAUUAACAUCUUCCUACGGAACACGGUCAAGGUCACGGGGGUGGUGGUCUUCAUGUUCAGCCUCUCCUGGCAGCUCUCUUUGGUCACAUUCAUGGGUUUCCCCAUCAUCAUGAUGGUGUCUGACAUCUACGGCAAGUACUACAAGAGGCUCUCCAAGGAGGUCCAGAAUGCCCUGGCCAGAGCCAGCAACACGGCCGAGGAGACCAUCAGCGCCAUGAAGACAGUGCGGAGCUUCGCCAACGAGGAGGAAGAGGCAGAGGUGUACUCCAGGAAGCUGCAGCAGGUCUACAAGCUCAACAGGAAGGAGGCGGCAGCCUAUACAUACUAUGUCUGGGGCAGCGGGCUCACGCUGCUGGUGGUCCAGGUCAGCAUCCUCUACUAUGGAGGCCAUCUUGUCAUCUCAGGGCAGAUGACCAGCGGCAACCUCAUCUCCUUCAUCAUCUACGAGUUUGUCCUGGGAGACUGCAUGGAGUCUGUAGGCUCCGUCUACAGUGGCCUGAUGCAGGGAGUGGGGGCUGCUGAGAAGGUGUUCGAGUUCAUCGACCGACAGCCAACCAUGGUGCAUGACGGGAACUUGGCGCCUGACCACCUGGAAGGCAGGGUGGACUUUGAAAAUGUGACCUUCACCUACCGCACACGGCCCCACACUCAAGUCUUGCAGAACGUCUCCUUCAGCUUGUCCCCGGGCAAGGUGACGGCACUCGUGGGGCCCUCCGGGAGCGGGAAGAGCUCUUGCGUCAACAUCUUGGAGAACUUCUACCCACUGGAGGGGGGUCGUGUGCUGCUGGACGGGAAGCCCAUCAGUGCCUAUGACCACAAGUACUUGCACCGCAUGAUCUCCCUGGUGAGCCAGGAGCCCGUGCUGUUUGCUCGCUCUAUCACAGACAACAUCUCCUAUGGUCUGCCCACCAUGCCAUUCGAGAUGGUUGUGGAGGCUGCACAGAAGGCCAAUGCCCAUGGCUUCAUCAUGGAGCUCCAGGACGGCUACAAUACAGAGACAGGGGAGAAGGGCGCCCAGCUGUCAGGUGGCCAGAAGCAGCGGGUGGCCAUGGCCCGGGCUCUGGUACGGAAUCCACCCGUUCUCAUCCUGGAUGAAGCCACCAGUGCACUGGAUGCAGAGAGCGAGUACCUGAUCCAGCAGGCUAUCCAUGGCAACCUGCAGAAGCACACGGUGCUCAUCAUCGCACACCGGCUGAGCACAGUGGAGCGGGCGCAUCUCAUCGUGGUGCUGGACAAGGGUCGUGUGGUGCAGCAGGGCACCCACCAGCAGCUACUGGCCCAGGGCGGCCUCUAUGCCAAGCUGGUACAGCGUCAGAUGCUGGGGCUUGAGCCCCCCUCAGACUACACAGCCGGCCACAAGGAGCCUCCAGACAUUGACAGCCAGAAGGCCUGACCUUCCUCUCCUGCUGGGGCAGAGGCCCUGGUACCCACUCAGUAGACAUGUCUGUGGGGACCCCCAGCAGCCCCAGCUGCCCCCCUAGGCCUAGGCCCAUGAAGGGCCACCCUGUCCCAUAUGUCACCACCUGCUGCAUCUUGCACCUGGUUCUCACCCUGUUUCCCAGGCCACCAGCUACCCAGCUACCCCUUUCCGUCUGGGCAGUGAGGACACCCAAGUCUUCUCCAUCUGGUCUCCCAAGGCUUUUAAAAGCGAAGGCAGAGCUUUUUUAAACCACAAUCUUGCCAAGUUUUUUCCUGCUUGGUUUGAUGGGGCCCAGCCUGCUCCUAGAUUUCAAACACAUUUUUUCUAAUUGGGAUCCCUAUUGGGCAGGGUCACUGAUGUUGGCACAUUGGAGACAGGAGCCAGUGCCCCUCCACAAUUUGUCCCUGGGAGACAUCCAGGGAGCACAGACCUUUCUUCUUUGCCCCUCCAGAGAAGGGGCUUUCCUGUCCCCAGGAGGCACAGUGUAGGGACUUUUGUCCCUCCUCUCUUCUCCCCUCCCAGUUUUGUGAGUCAGGCCACGUGCAGGCAGGGGGCUUGGAAGGUGUGUCAGCCCCUCACUUCAGCAACCCUGCCAAAUCUAAGCCAGUCUCACUGUGAACCACUGCAGACCUUAACUGGGGGAGUGAGGGGCCUGACAGGGUCUGGGGGUGAGCCCAACCCAAUGCCCAGCAUUAGCCUCUGGGCCCUGCCUUGGCCCUUGUUCCCUUUUCCCUCCCCUGGCUGGCACCCCCCCCCCCCAACCCCCGUGUCCACCCCUGCUGCUCUGCUGUUCUGUGUUUGGGAGACACGUUCUCUUCCCUGUCAGGUGGAUGGAUCAGUGAUAAACCCCAGGGUCUGGCUUUGUAGGGGAGAAGGGUUGCGAGAUGUUGGCAGAACCCAGUCAAUAAAGUGUACUACCUCUGA